AUCAUGCCACCUAUGGAAACUCCAACACCUGUCUACACACCCCCACCGGAGCUUCGCACCUAUAUGGAUGAUUUCCGCGGAUACAUCAACAGAAAUCAUAGUACUCAGCUACAAACAUAUGACGAUCUCCACUUGUUCUCAAUAGGAGCCAGAAGAUCAACUAGAAAUAUAUUCUGGAUGUCUUUAUGGCACUAUCUCGAUAUCAAAGCAUCAGUUGAGCCAAGUGCUGCUAUUGAUGAAACUCUCUCCAUUGACAGUUUCCCUCAGUUUUAUAAAGAUGCAAAACUGAAUCUUGCGGAAAACAUUCUUUAUCAACGGCGUGGUGGAAAUGGAACUGCCAUUAGGGUUUUGAAUGAAUCUAAUUUCGAAUCAGAGCCUGAAGAUGUCUCCUGGGAUCAACUACGGGACCUUGUUCGCUUGCUAGCAGAUGCACUUUCGAGCUCUGGGCUGGAACUAGGUGAUAUAGUCGUCGCCAUUGGUGGAAACAACAAAAUUUCAUUAGCUCUGAUGCUUGCUACAGCUAGCCUGGGAGGUAUAUUUUCGUCUUUUGCAACAGAUGUUGGUGAACAGGCAUUACUAGAUCGACUGUCGCAGUUACGCCCACGAUUCCUAUUUACUGAUGCCGAAUACACGUAUAACGGUAAAAGUCAUAUGAUUCUACCUAAGGUACAUUCCGUAUGGCAUAAACUCACCAGAUCCCCUAAUGCAGAAUUGGUUAUCACUACCCCCUAUAAUACUGAAGACCAAUCUGUCGGACUGGAAAGUUUCCUCAAAAGAGCUAAAGGAAAACCUCUUUCGUUUUUACAGCUCCCAUUCAACACCCCUAUCUUUGUCAUGUUUUCUUCAGGUACAACCGGGACUCCCAAAGCCAUUGUUCAUUCCCAUGGGGGCGUGGUUAUCAAUUUGAAGAAAGAAUACAGACUGCAUUGCAACUUCGAUGAGAGGGAUGUCUACUUUCACUACACUAACAUUGGCUGGGCACUUUGGAAUAUCAUGCUCGGUUCUCUAUUCUGCGGUAGUACACUUGUUCUCUACGACGGUUCUCCUUUCUAUCCCACCCCCGAAUGUUGUCUCCAGCGAAUCCUCUCUGCAGGAGUGACUGCUUUUGGCGCGGGUCCGAAGUACUUCUCUGAGCUGCGGCGGAGGAAUAUCUCGGCGAAAUCCAUGAAGAGCAAUCAACUGAAACUGCUACUUAGCACCGGUGCCGUUCUCACCCCGGCACUUUCAUCCUGGAUGGCAGAGUCUUUUGGUUCUUUGUGUCAAAUCAGCUUUUCGGGCGGAACUGAGCUGUGUGGUUCUUUCGUUCAUGGCACUGUCAGCCUUCCCACGUACCCCGGGGAGAUCCCUGUUAAAGCAUUAGGAAUGGCCAUCGAGGUAUAUCCAUCCUCGUCAUCACCGGACCAUAAAACUCCAGGUCCCUCGCUACCUGCAGGGGAGAGCGGGGAAUUGGUAUGCACACAACCGUUUCCUAACAUGCCCAUGCACUUCCUGCACGACCCUGGCAGGAGGAGAUACUUCAACACCUACUUUUCUAGUAUUCCAGGUGUAUGGACACAUGGUGAUCACAUGUAUACAUCUCCUCAUACCGGAGGUAUAUACAUCCUUGGCCGCAGUGAUGGCGUGCUCAAUCCAUCUGGCGUUCGAUUUGGUAGUGGCGAAAUAUAUAGUCUCAUCGAACGGCAUUUUGCGGAGGAAAUUGUUGACUCUAUUUGCAUUGGCCAACGACGAGAAGGCGACGAAACUGAGAAAGUAAUUCUAUUUGUCGUGCUUCGAUUGAGAAACGCACUACCUAUUCGCGAUGGAGAAUGGCAUCGUUUAAGAGCAAGAAUACGAGAUUGUAUCACCAAGGCUCUUUCACGUCGUCAUGUUCCCUCUGCUAUAUUUCCAGUAUCCCGUAUCCCAUACAAUGUUAAUGGAAAAAAGAUGGAGAUUCCACUCAAGGCAGUCGUUUCAGAAGGGAAUCGGGCCUUUGCGAAACGGAAGUUCACAGUAGAUGAGGUUGAUGCUUUGCGGGAUUAUGUUCAGUAUUACGAGAAAGUGGAAGAAUCGGUAGAUAAAGAUGACGAGCAGGAUAUAGUUGGCAAAAGUAAACUAUAG